CUCGCGUGGCUAUACGCAUGCUUCAGGGAGCUACGGUAUUUUCAAAACUAGAUCUGCGGUCCGGAUACUGGCAGAUAAGAAUGGCGGACGAUUCCGUUCACAAAACAGCCUUCCGAACUCGGUACGGAUCUUACGAGUAUUUGGUCAUGCCGUUCAGACUCACCAACGCACCUGCAACAUUCCAAGCAGAGAUGAAUCAUAUCCUACGCCCACUCUUGGACGAAUGCGUGGUGGUGUACCUGGACGACAUCCUCAUCUACUCGCGCGGCAUGCAAAAACACGUCGAGCACCUACGACGCGUCUUCGGAAUUCUUCGACAAGAACGCUUCUACGUCAAACUAUCCAAGAGCGACUUCGCCCUCGAGAAGGUCCAAUUCCUCGGACAUAUCGUAAGCGCUCAAGGAGUUCACGUCGACCCCAAGAAAAUCGAAGCCGUGCGUACGUGGAAGACACCCGAUAACAUGAAGGAGUUACAGCAGUUCAUUGGCUUUGCUAACUACUUCAACAGGUUCUUACUACUCGAAGAAUACCACGACGUCCUGUACGCAGGACACUUCGGUAGCAACAAGACGCUCACCGGUAUCGCCAAACACUACUACUGGCCCCAUAUGGCAGAUGACAAACAUAAAUUCGUCACCUCGUGCACUCCAUGUCAGCGGAUGAAGAGCAGCAAGCAGAAAAAGGUGGGUUUGCUACAGCCUCUUCCUAUCCUAGAACAGCCAUGGCAAGUGGUAAGCCUAGACUUCAUCACCGGGCUACCAACUACCACAAGCGGUCAUGACGCGAUCCUCGUCGUCAUCGACAAGUUCUCCAAAAUGGGACACUUCAUCCCGACACACACCACAGCACGCACUGAGGAGACAGCACAACUCUUUGUUCGCUACAUCAUCUCACAACAUAGUAUUCCGACCACACUCAUCUCCGACCCAGACCCUAAGUUCACCAGUAAAUUCUGGAAAGAAGUGAUGUCUCUGCUCGGGACCAAACUCGCCAUGUCAUCCGCCUACCAUCCGCAGACAGAUGGAUAGACCGAGCGCCUCAACCAAAUUGUG